GCGGCGGCGGGGUCGGGGCGGCCGCACCGCAGCCGCGGUUGUGGCCGUGCUGAGGCUCCGGGGGUGCCCAUGAAGCGGCGGGCAGAGCCGAGCCGAGCCGGGGAGGCUCCAGCCAUGCAUUCCGGUGCGCCCGCGGGCACAUGGGGCAGCGCUUGAACCGCUGCCUCGAUGUCCCCGUCGCGUUGCCGCCGCUGAGGCGGAGGCUCCUGCUCCUCUUCAUCAUGUUCUUCCUCUGGCUCUAUAUGUUCUACUCCUGCGCCGGCUCCUGCGCCGGGUUGGCGGCCCGAGGUUCCCCCGCACCUCCCCGCCUCGCCCCUCCGUUACCGGCGGCUGCGGGGGAAGCGGGUGAGGAGAGCAGCCUGGAGGAGCAGCGGGCAGCGCCCGACGGCGCCAGCCCCAUCUCCAGCUUCUUCAACGGCUCCGGGACCAAGCGGCUGCCCCAGGCCAUCAUCAUCGGCGUGAAGAAAGGCGGGACGCGGGCGCUGCUGGAGUUCCUGCGGGUGCACCCCGAUGUCCGCGCCGUCGGGGCCGAGCCCCACUUCUUCGACCGCAACUACGAGCGGGGACUCGCCUGGUACCGGGACCUCAUGCCCAGGACCCUGGAGGGGCAGAUCACCAUGGAGAAGACCCCCAGCUACUUUGUCACCAGGGAGGCCCCCGCCCGCAUCUCCUCCAUGUCCAAGGGCACCAAGCUGAUCGUGGUGGUGCGGGACCCCGUGACCAGAGCCAUCUCAGACUACACCCAGACGCUCUCCAAGAAGCCCGAGAUCCCCACCUUUGAGAGCCUGACCUUCAAAAACAGGACUACGGGCCUGAUCGACACCUCCUGGAGCGCCAUCCAGAUCGGGAUCUACGCCAAGCACCUGGAGAACUGGCUCCUCCACUUCCCCAUCGGGCAGAUCCUCUUCGUCAGCGGGGAGAGGCUGAUCAGCGACCCCGCGGGGGAGCUGGGCAGGGUCCAGGACUUUCUGGGCCUCAAGAGGAUCAUCACUGACAAACACUUCUACUUCAACAAAACCAAGGGGUUCCCCUGCCUGAAGAAGGCAGAAGGCAGCAGCAAACCCCACUGCCUGGGGAAGACGAAAGGCAGGACCCACCCUGACAUAGACCAGGAGGUGGUGCAGAGACUGCGGGACUUCUACCGACCCUUCAACAUGAAGUUCUACCAGAUGACAGGGCAGGACUUUGGCUGGGACUGAGCCUGAGCCUGAGCCUGGCCUGGGAAAGGCCCCUGGAAUUACCUGCCCGGCAUGGUUUGUGUAUCUAAAGAGAUAUAUAUGUAUGUAAAAUGUACAGAAAUCUAUUUUAUAAUAAUUUAUUUUUAAUUCCUAAGCAAUUAAUUCACUAAGCUGCCUAACUGCACUGGCUAGAACAAGUAGCCCAUAACCUGUUUAACAUUCCACAGUGUUUAAUUCUAAUACGUCUCUCCCUUCUUUUUUUUUUUUUUUAAUGGUUUGUUGGUUUGGGGUUUUCUUUUCCCUCCCUAUCCUGUUUUCUCCUCUUAUUGAUUUGGUUUGUAACAGAUGGUGCUUCCAUUUUUCCUAGAGAAAAUUUGUAUUUAAAAAAAAAGCAAAAAGCAAAAAA